AAUGUACGGACGAGCGAACAUCAUUUUUGGUCGAAUCCGAGCUUGAAUAUUUAAUUAGUGCCGAAACUUAGCUGUUCUGUAAGUAGUUUUAGGUACAUCCAGUCUGAGCAGGAGCCCCGCAACAUAUAUGAGUGUCUCCCAAGCGGGCUUGCCCCCUGGAAAGAAAAGGAAGGAAUCGAAGGAUUCAAUGGAUGCAAUUAUUGAAGAUAAUUCCCAGGUAGAACUUCCAACAUUAUCUCCCAAAAAAGCAGAUCGACCGCUUUUAGCAUAUAAGCAGACUGAUAAGGACCCCUAUCAUGUUUAUAUCGAAAACAAUGAACCAAAUUUCUCAGAGACUCAAACAAUGCGGUGCCAAAAACCACAUAUGCUUCAGUUACAAAAAAAUAAUCCGAUUACGCCUCAAGAAAUCAAUAGUUCUAAUCUUCCAUCUCAAUCAUCAAACACUCAAACAUCAAUAAAUAUUCCAAACGCGAAUUCGCACUUUACACAAAGGUUGUCAAAACCUUUGAAACGGAACUCGCCUUCCUCGCCAGAUUUGACAGAAGAAGCUAGGAGACAAAUUGUGAGUCAAAUAAACACUCCACAGGUACCCGGGGAGAAACAAACAUCAACAGCUUGA